AUGCAAACUAGAAAUGCUUUUUCUUGGAUAAAGAAAGAGAUUACCCGAUCUAUUUUCGUAUUGCUCAUGAUCCAUAUAAUAACUCGAGCACCCAUUUCAAAUGCAUAUCCCAUUUUUGCCCAACAAGGUUAUGAAAAUCCUCGAGAAGCUACAGGCCGGAUUGUAUGUGCUAAUUUCCAUUUAGCUAAUAAGCCCGUAGAUAUUGAGGUUCCACAAGCGGUACUUCCCGAUACUGUAUUUGAAGCAGUUGUGGGAAUUCCUUAUGAUAUGCAAGUGAAACAAGUUCUUGCUAAUGGUAUAAAGGGGGCUUUGAAUGUAGGAGCUAUUCUUAUUUUACCAGAGGGUUUUGAAUUGGCCCCUCCUCAUCGUCUUUCGCCCGAGAUUAAAAAAAAGAUGGGUAAUUUGUCUUUUCAAAGCUAUCGUCCCACAAAAAAAAAUAUUCUUGUGAUAGGCCCCGUUCCUGGGAAAAAAUAUAGUGAAAUUACCUUUCCUAUUCUUUCUCCAGAUCCUGCUACUAAGAGACAUGUUUACUUCUUAAAAUAUCCUCUAUACAUAGGCGGGAACAGGGGAAGGAGUAAGAUUUAUCCCGACGGAAGCAAAAGUAAUAAUAAUGUUUAUAAUGCUACAGCAACAGGUGUAGUAAACAAAAUAAUACGAAAAGAAAAAGGUGGAUACGAAAUAACGAUAGUAGAUGCAUCAGAUGGACGUGAAGUGAUUGAUAUUCUACCGCCAGGACCAGAACUUCUUGUUUCAGAGGGUGAAUCUAUCGAACUUGAUCAACCAUUAACGAGUAAUCCUAAUGUGGGUGGAUUUGGUCAGGGGGAUGCAGAAAUAGUGCUUCAAGAUCCAUUAUGUGUCCAAGGUCUCUUGCUCUUCUUGGCAUCUAUUAUUUUGGCACAAAUCUUUUUGGUUCUUAAAAAGAAACAAUUUGAGAAGGUUCAAUUGUUCGAAAUGAAUUUUUAG